AUGCCGAUCUUACCUAAAUUUGCAAAUGUUCUCCAAUUUGACUAUGAAAUUCCUCCUCGGAUAUCGCCAGGACUCUCAUGGGAAGUUACUUUGCGUUUCCGCCCGCGCGAAAAUACUGAUUUUUCUACCGCGUUGUAUUUGAAAGCCGAGGAGGGCUAUUUCAAGCUGCCAAUCUCCACUUCGCGCAAAGCUUUUCUUUUUUCGGUGGAACCGAGUACUGUCGAUUUCGGCACCGUUGUGGUGGGCGAAGAGCAAACUCGCCACAUUACGUUGAGGAACAAAGGGGCCUUAAGCGGCACUGUCAUUGUCGGUGGAGCGUUUAAAUCGUUACUCGACUUGAAACAAACGAACCCGGUGAAUGGCAAAAAAGUCAGCUUCUUCCACAUUUUUCCUCAGCAGUACAAAAUGGAGGUGCCUCCGUUUUCGACUCUUGACAUAGCCGUGAAAUUUGCUCCUUUGAGCGCGAUAACACUCGACACCAACAUUACCUUGACGGAUAAAAAUAAUUCCUGUGAAGUGUUCACGAUACCCAUCACCGGGGCAAGCACAGAACUCCCGGUGUAUCUUGCGAAGGGUAAAAUUGACUUUGGCGCGUGCUUCUUCAACGAGCAGUACUGGGACGAAGUAACCAUCGUAAACCGAACAAAUAUUACGGCCGUUGCAGAUUUUCGCAUUCCCGCAGCUCUUUCAACCGUCAUCUCAGUAUCACCUUCACGGGCUUGUGUACAGCCUGGCGAGCAGUAUAUUGUGCAAGUAGCUUUUACCACUACCAAAAAAAUGCCACGCGACUUUUCUUCAACCGUGGAGUGUGUGGUGCGAGGGCAAACGCUUCCGCUGCCGCUUAAAAUUGGCGCGAUUCUAUCGGAGAGAUGCCCGCAGCUUCCAACAACCACUUUUGAUGUCGGCAAGCUCAUUUUGAACACGACCCACGUGGUGGAGGUGCCUGUGACCAACGAAUCGAGCGUCGUGCAACUAGUCGGUUUUGAGAGCCUACCGACAUGGAUUAAAGCUUCUCGUGCGGUGUUGGAGAUGGUUCCGCAGGAAACAUCGACUUUCCACCUAACGGUCGAGCCACCUCAAAAGGGGCGUUUUUCGCAGCGCUUGCGCGUUAUUAACGAAUUUGGAGAUUCGCAAACCAUCACCAUUAGCGGACAAGGCGUCGGUGCUUCAUUUGGUAUGUCCUCCCGUACUUUGCGACUGCCAGCGUGUACUUUAGGCUCCAGUGUCUCAGCGACAACGGUUUUGUUCAACGCGAGCGAGAAAGCAGGCGAAUUUUGCUUUGCGGUACCGAACUCCUUUUUUCGUGUGUCACCCGAUACUGGUGUUUUGCAGCCCGGCGAAAGUAUCCCCAUCGCAGUUCUAUUUAACGCGCCAACCGAAUUCGAGGCUGCCGGGCUUUCGCUGCGGUCCGUUGCUUCGCAGAGGUCCAUGAAAAAUAAGAGAGAUGCUCCCGCAGCUACAGUAAGCGACGGCAUUACGGCGCAGAAACGAGCAAUGUACGACGACUGGGAAUCAGGUAAUGAAUACCGCAUGUGGAGCAAGCACCGACAGUUUCGUUUGAAAUGCGACAUCAAUAACGGCAGUGAAGACAGUUUCCUCGUGUCUGUGCGCUGCUGCGCAGUGAAGCCGCUGGUAUACAUCGAAGAGGUUGCCUCAAUUUCGAACGCACUCACGACGGACGCCCAAAACAGUCGUGUGCCACACACACUUCAGUCUCCCAAAAAACACGCUGCACCUGCAGGCGAAGCCGAGCAAAUGGAGAGCGAGUCGAAGCAAACUUUUGAAAUUGUUCUUGACUACGGAAAAGUUCCAAUCCACUGCGUGAGCAUGCAGCAGUGCCUCAUCUCCAACAAAGAUCCGGAGUACUGUUUUGUUCGUGCACCGCCGAUGAACCCACUUUCGGCAUUCUCCGUCUUGAGCUACGCAUUCAACGGUGUUGCGACGCAGUGUGGUACCAACGUAUACCUCGCAUUUCAGCCUCGCAAAUAUGGAAAGUAUUGCGAAACUCUCAGAUUUGAACUGGCGUCGCAGUCCGGGCGGAAAACAAGCGUCCUCGUCCGAGCGCAAGGUGUCUGCAACCCUACGCAGUUGACAAUCUCGAUAGCGGAUAGUGCUCCGUUGCCUGAAAAGGGGCAAUCGGAGUCGUUUUCUCAGCUCUACUUCCAUUGCACACAGAAGAAUGAUUCAGUGAAAAAGAGUCUGAGUUUCUUCAACGUCGGAUCUUCUCCUCUCGCUGUUGUCAUCAACGGCGCAGCUGACGACACAACUUUAUGCAGUGAAGGGCACACCCGUUGCUCUUUUCUGGUUCACCCUCGUAUUUUUACCGUGGCUCCGAAUUCGAAACACCCUGUCCAUGUUGUUUUUGCACCAGCUGAUGAGGGACUGCACUCUCAGCGUCUGAGCAUCGCCGCGAGUGGCGAGACCCGUGAAGUUGCGCUUGAAGGUCGUUGUGUGAAAAGCGUCGUAUAUGCUCUUGUCCCACAUACUUUUGCAGGAAGUGUCAAGGUAGUCGCCAUAUCUUUCACGGAAGACAUCGGAUGUCGCCCAGAGUUCCCUGUCUCACUCACCUUCGAGGAGAACGAAUCGAAAACAAUCGUUGUUGGUAGUGUUGGAAACGGUCCAACUGGAGAAUACGAGUUACUCAACUGGGAGAAAACGCGUUCUUUUGCCAUUCCGCCAGAUUGGAGUGUCACUCCACCUUCUCAACCCAUUUUAGCAGGAAAAGAAGCGCGCUUAUGCAUCCAGCGCAUCUCUCGAGGCAGCGACAAAGUCCAUUCUGCAGGACUUGUGGGCAAUAGCGGCGCGCUUUUUCCUCUUCGAUUCACCAUAGUGUUGAAGGGUGAAGCUGCAAGUGUCUCUCAGCAUAAUGCAUUGUAUGUAGUGUGCUCAAGCGCAUGA